AUGCUCGCGCUCGCGCUGCGGCGCGCGCGCGUCGCGCGCGGCGCGCUCGCCCGGGCGACGCGUCCGCCUCCUCCUCCUCCGCGGUUCGCGCACGCGGCACCCUCGCCGUCGAUUUUGGCGCGAGCGCUGUCGUCGUCGUCGCCGCCGUCGUCGUUCGCCGUCGCGCCGUCGCCGUCGCCGUCGCCGUCGCCGUCGCCGUCGCCGUCGCGCGCGAACGCCGCCGCCGCCGCCGCCGCGCUCAAGCCCGCGAUACUCGUCUGCACGAGCAAGGUGGUGGACGCGUCGCAGCGCGACGACUACGAGCGAUGGCUCAACGACGGCAAGUCGCUCAUCGACGCGGUGCUCCGAGACAAGGACGAGCGCGAGGGCGUCGCGUCGCCGAAUCGCGCGUCGGCGUCGCUCGGCCCCGGACGCUUCUCGUGGGUGCACUUCCCCGCGCACGCCUCGGACGAGAUGGCCGAGGGCGAAGAGGGGCUCGAGCACGUCCGACACAGCGGCGCGCCGAGAUGCGAGACCGUCGCGGUCGUGUUUCAACGCCGCGACGACUUGGAGCGGUGGCGCGUGAGCCGCCGACGGAGGGAGUGGCUGAAGCUCGGCGAGCGGUUCAACGGCGACGCCGCGACCGGCGACGCCGCGCCGCUGACCGCGCGCGCGAGCGCGAUCGAGACGGACGACGGGUCGUUGGGAGGGUGGCUUCCCGCGGACGCGACGACGGCGACCGCGUCGGCGCGAUCCAACGCGUCGCCGGUGCCGUCGUGGAAAGUGUACGCCGCCGUCGUCCUCGCGCAGUAUCCCUUGUUCGAGCUCAACACGCUGUUCAUUCUUCCCGCGCUCGAGCGCGCGGCGUUGGCGUCGGCGGACGGCGGGAGUUUUGGGGUAACGGCUGCGGUGGCGGCGUUACUCGAGGGCGUGUCGCCGGCGGUGAAGUGUCUGGCGAUUCAGUCGUGGACGUCCGCGGGGGCGGUGUUCGUCACGCUGCCGGCGGCGCAGCGACUUCUGCGAUGGUACGGGUUCAUAGGCGGCGAGGACCGGAGCUGUCCGCGCGGGAGGGAGCUCGGGAAGGGCGUCGCCGCGACCGCGGCGACGUACGCGGCGCUGACCGCGGGGUUCCACGUCAUAGGAUCGAUGAUAUAG